CCCUCUCCACCUAAAUCUAAAUCCCGUCUCGUUCCUCUCCGGCUUCUCUCUUGCGAUUGCGACGAAACCCUAGCCUCCGUGCGUUGUGGCUUUCUUCGUCGUCCUCCUUCGUCUAAAUCAAGAAUCCAUUAAUCUCUCCGUAGACGUCCUCUCUCCCUCUUAUUUCUCGGGUCUCAACUCUCUAGAAUCGAGAACCGCUUCGUUUCUUCUUCUUUCUCCGACGAAAUUCUAGUCUCCAUCUUCGUUCCUUUCGUAAGUGAGUAGUUUCCUCUGAGUAUUGCAUUGUUGAGAUGUAAUAAUUGAUGUUUGCUAUGCGGUUUGCAUUUGGAGUAAUUGACGGUGACUUGUUGUGUUCUUAACAGCGUUUCUAACUUCUUGUACAGGAAAUGAAGGGCCGAAAAAGAAAGAAUCCAUCUACUACGUGCGUUGGAGUCUCCAGUAGAACUAGAGCUAGAAAGGCGGUCUCAGCUGGGAAUGAGCCGGCAAGAGAAACGACUGUAGUUUCUCUCUCUGUUGAUUCAGAAAGUGAUGACAUGUCUGAUGUAUCAUCUAAGGCAAGGCAACCACCACAGCCCCUUGAAUUAUACUUCAAGAGCACAGAGUUCACGAAGACUUGCAAGAUUCAAACCAAGUGCUUUGUGAAGAAUACAGUGGACGUGAUUAAGAAGCUUAAGGAGGAGGUUAAAUGGUUCACAACCCAUCCUCAAUUUCGUCACUUCUUCCACAUGCCUGAUGAACAAUACCUGAAGCUCCAAGGAAUGUGGAUGUUACUCUUGCGCACCAUUUCGACUGAAGAAGAAGAUGUUGCAUGGUUUAGUCUGAAUGGUGUUCCCAUCCGCUAUUCUAUGAGGGAGCAUGCCCUCAUCUCGGGCUUAGACUGCCAUGAGUAUCCAAGGAAAUAUUUGAAGCUCGGGAGUACGAAGUUUGUGGAUUAUUACUUCGGUGGACUAAAGAAGAUCACCAUAACAGAUGUGGAGCAGAAGCUGUUGUCUAUGAAGACGCCAUGCAAUGAUAGAUUGAAGAUGGCUGUCUUGUUCUUCCUUGGUCGGGUUAUCAGAGGACAGGCAAAGGAUUCCGGACCAGUAGACCCGUUCAUCUUAAGGAUCGUGGAAGAUUUGGAUGUUUGCAGAACAUUUCCAUGGGGUCGUUUGACAUUUGAAGAUGCAAUAAAGAACAUUAAGCAUAUGAUGGAGCUUCUGAAGGGUGAAGUGCACCCGGCAUGCGGCUUUCCUGGAUUCAUAAUUCCAUUAGAGAUUUUGGCUUUUGAGUGUAUUCCUAAGCUGGGGAAAACAUUUCGACUAUCUGCAGACACACCUUCUGAAGAUUGUCCUAGGAUGUGCAAGAGCCGCUUUACAAAGAGUAGCAUGAAGGGCUAUCCUUUGGAAGAUAUAUAUGCUGCACUUGGACACACAAAGGUUAUUAACAGUGUGUUGGUGCCAACUGUGGGUGAGGAAAUCAUGCUGGCUCGUAUAAUUGAUGAGGAGCGAGAGUAUCAUUGUGAGGGAAGCACAAGUGAUACUUGGAACCACUGGCUAAAUGUGAAGCAUAAGAAGAUAUUUUGGAAAAAGCUAUACGACUUAGAUGUUGCUGCACGAGUGUUUAAAAAGAAGAAGGACAAAGAAAAGGUGACGUUUUUAGAAGAUUCGUCUUCUAAAUCUGGGUUGGAGAGCUUGAAAGCUCUGGAAGAAAAGAUUUUGGGGGCCAUAAGUGAAGGGUUUUCUGGUCUUAAAUCAGUGGUGGAGGCAAAGCUGGGUGAUAUGGAUGUGAGGAUGAGUAAAUUUGAAAAGAAUCAGCGCCAACUUAGAAGAAGGGCUAAGAAAAUAGAAGAAAAGCUGACUUCUAUUGAGAGCAACAAAAAUGAGGAGAGGAACUAUGGUGAAGAUAUGGAUUUUGGAUGGGAUGAUAGAGAUUAUGGUAGAGCUGAAGGGAAGGAAAACAGUGAGAAGGCUAAGGAAGACAAGGAAAACAGUGAGUCUGGCGAGGAAAAGGAUGUGGUCUCGGGUGGGAAAAACAGUAAGGAUGGUGAGAAAGAAAACAAUGAGAAGGGUGAAGAAGAGAAAGACCACGAACCUGAAAAAGACAAAGAAAACAGUGACUCUGUUGAGAAAGGCGAAGAAUACGUGGAGGAAUCAGAUGGAGAAAGUUCUCUGUUAAGGCUUCAGGAAAGAGUGAGAGUGCAAGCAGAAGAAUUUUGGAGGACAAUUGAUGAUGAGUCUGAGGCUGAGGAAGAGGUUGAGAAAGAGGGUGAGGAAGAGGCUGAGAAAGAGGUUCAAGAAGAGAAAGAGGGUGAAAAAGAGGCUGAGAAAGAGGUUCAAGAAGAGAAAGAGGGUGAGAAAGAGGCUGAGAAAGAGGUUCAAGAAGAGAAAGAGGGUGAGGAAGAGGGUGAGAAAGAGGCUGAGAAAGAGGUUCAAGAAGAGAAAGAGGCUGAGAAAGUAGAAUCCAAGGGAACUCCUACCUCUACCGGAGUAAUAGUCAUUACACCACGUGGUAGAACUAAGGCAGCAGAUGCGAGGAAAGCAAUCUCUAUAUCACCAGAGAUUGUUGUGGUAACAGGGAUUGCUGAGCUAGCUGAGAAAGAGGUUGAGGUAGAAGAUACUCAGACAGAGCAAGAAGCUAUUCAGACUGAGAUUGUUGAGAAAGAGGCUGAGGUUACUGAGAAAGAUGCUGAGUUAGCUGAGAAAGAGGAUCAAGAUGUGGAUGAAGAGGAGGAAAAAGCAGAGGAAAGUGAAGAUAAUCCUGUGGAGAGUCCCUCUGAGAAACAUGCUGAGCUAGCUGAGAAGUCAGUUGAAUCUGAUGUCGAUCUAGAUGUGGAGGAAGAGGAGGAAAAAGCUGAGGAAAUUAAAGAUAAUCUUGUGGAGAGUCCCGCUAAGAAACAGACUGAGCUAGCUGAGAAGUCAGUUGAGGUAGAAUUAAAGACUAAGCGCAAGCCUAAGGUCAAGGUCAUAGCAGUGCCGUAUGGCAUUCCCAGAGCUGAGAGACUAGCAAAAAUGAGAGCUGAAGCUGAAAAAAAGAAAGCUAGAGCUGAAAAAAAGAAAGCUAAAGCUGAUGGUGCACCUAAGAAGAAAGACAGGCCGAAGAAGACUGAGGCUACAUUGAAGCCAUGUACGCCGCUGCCGGAGAAGAGAAAAAGUGAACCAUCACGGUGGGUGCAGUCUCCUUUCACUGAGGGAAAGACUGAUGAGCUAGAAGUGCCAAAGAAGAAGCUUAAAACAAAAACCUAAAAUGCUUAUGUUAUGUAUAUGUAUUAUUCAAGUUAGGAUGUUAUGUUUCUGCCUAAAAUGCUUCUCUUGAACUUGUUAGGAUGUUAUGUUUCUGCUUC